UCGCAUGCUAAGCAUCGUCAAGUUAAAUCAGGAAAGUGUUUGUAGAAAGGAUUGUUGAAUUAUAAAAUGAAUAAACCCGAGUGCAAGUAUGGAGCAGACUGUUAUCAAAAAAACCCAGCCCAUAAGGAAAAGUACGCUCAUCCCCCAGAAACCACAAAAAACGAUAUCAAAACAGAAGAGAAAGCCAAUGAACCAUCGGAGGAAGGUAGCAGCACUUCGCCUCACAAGAGAUUAUGGAAAGGUUGUACUACAGCAGAACAGCUGGAGGACCUGAAACGUUGCAAACGCCCUCCUACGCCAGAAAAGGAUGAUAAUAAUAUCGAGGAAGAGGAUGCUAAGCAUGAGUAUCACGGGAUGACGCGACAGCGUUACCGUUUACCGGAGGUUCCGGUUGAUGUCGGAAUGAUGAGCGAUCUGUACGAUCCUCAGAUUGAAUACUCGAAGCGUGCCGAAUACAAGGAGCUUUGUGAGGAUCCGAAGAACUUUAUUAAGCAUAAGUUUUUGGUCUCAAUGGCUCCGUGCUUCGAUAGCUUAUGGGAAUUUUGUACGGAGGAAGCUGGCAAGGCGAACUGUAAACCGGAGAGCGUCUUCGACAGCCUCGGGCUACGAAUGGUUGGCCCUUUCGAUGUGUUGGCCGGCAAGUUUAAGAAUGUUACGAUACAUGAGCCAGGAGAUUAUCUGCGCCAUUGGAGAUUCUACUACGAUCCUCCGGAAUUCCAAACGGUGCUGGUGAAGAAAGGCUCUGGUGUCCACUAUGGUUACUGGCGAGAUGAGCCAGACAAUGCAGAUGGGCUUGUUGCCUUCAACGAUGUAAAUAAAGGUUGCGAGUUCAAAAUGAUUGGUGGCAAUGUGUUUGAUGCAAUCGUUCAUUACUUAGACGAACACGUUAGCGCUACACCAUUCAACAAAAAGCAGAUUACCAGCAUGAAAAAGAGUUUGGAGGAAUGGACCACAGCAAAAGGGAUACCGCUGAAGGCAACAGAAAAAAUAAAAUCCCGCAACAAGUUGAUCGUCUGCAAAACUUUCCACAAAGCGGGACUUGUAGUGCCGUUCGACAGAAAGCAAGAGCUAGGGUAUCGACCCCUUCUAGAAAGCGAUGCCAAUCUACGCAAAAUGCUCUCAAAGUUUAACAACAUUGAUUUUUAUAAGGAUAAAAGCAAGUUCCAGGAUGCUAUGAGGGAUUUGCAGGCCGUCAUCACAGCUGCGAACCUCGCUGUGGACGAGUGUGAUUUUGGAACUAUUCUCGAACUUGCAAUGGAUUUGUUUUGUUAUGGUGAGAAAAAUCUACACGAAGUUAUGAAACCGUUAUUCUUUACCGGUUAUUCCAUGCUCAAACGUCCACAAUACAUUGCAAUUAUCAAGUCCCACUUGGAUAACCGUUGUGAGGGUAUCGAUUUGGAUUUGUUGAUGAAAAACUGCCAACCUUGAUUAAUGUGCCGUAGCAUUAAUUUUUUAUUUCGGAAUUUUCAUUAUUAAUUGCAUUCUAUAUAUUUCAACAGUUAAUAAAACUGUCGGAAAAAUAUGAGCUUACAGAGCA